GCAGGUAUUAUCGAUUUUAGCGAACAAGAGGCCACUAUUAAAGAAAUUGUUGAUUACUUAAAAGAAGUUUACUGCAAUUCUGUAGCGGUUGAGUUUACUUAUAUCAAGGAUAACGAAGAAAAAGAAUGGUUUAGGCGCAACUACGAAAAAUGGCAUAAACAUGAAAUUUCUUCAGAGCAUAAAUGUCGUAUUAUGGAGAUGCUUAUCAAAUCUCAGACUUUUGAUCAAUUUCUGGCUAAGAAAUUUCCCUCUGUUAAACGUUACGGAGGUGAAGGUGCAGAAAGUAUGAUGGUAUUUUUUGAUGAAGUAUUUAAUCACGCGAUGCAAGACGGUAUUGAGAAUGUUAUUAUUAGCAUGCCCCAUCGGGGUAGAUUAAAUUUUAUGACUGGUCUUCUUCAUUACCAACCAGCCGCUAUGUUUUCCAAGAUGAUGGGAAGAUCUGAGCUACCUCCUUCAGCGAAAGGAACUGGAGAUGUGUUGUCUCAUUUAUUCAAGACAAUAGACUUAACUAUGGGAGAUAGUAACUUACAUCUUAGUUUGUUACCGAACCCUUCUCAUUUAGAGGCUUGCAAUCCUGUUGCAUGUGGUAAAACUAGAGCUCGUCAGCUGUCAAUAGGGGAUGCCGAUUAUAGUGAAAGUGGCUUAUCUAAUAAGACGAUGUGCCUGCAAGUACAUGGAGAUGCAUCCUUUGCUGGACAGGGAAUUAUUCCGGAAACAUUAAUGCUUUCUGAAGUACCUCAUUUUCGAACGGGAGGCUCUAUUCAUCUUAUUGUAAAUAACCAGAUUGGUUUUACGACAGAGCCAGAAAGAGGAAGAUCAUCUCUGUACUCAAGUGACGUCGGUAAAAUAAUCGAUUGUCCAGUCAUACAUGUGAACGGUGACAAUCCAGAGGACUUGGCUCGCGCAACAAAAUUAGCAUUGUUGUAUAAGCAAAAAUUUGCCAAAGACAUCAUUAUUGAUUUAAUUUGCUUCAGACUAUGGGGUCACAAUGAGAUGGAUGAACCUGCUUUCACUCAGCCGAUUAUGUAUAAUGCAAUUUAUUCCAAAAAGAGUGUCCCGGAUUCUUACGCAGAAAAUUUAGAAGAUGAUAAAAUUAUCUCAAAUGAUCGCGUAACCGCUUUAAAGAAUGAAUAUACUUCUACUUUAAAUUCUGAAUUAAAAAAUGUAGAAAAGAUCUCGAAAAUUGAGAUGUCUCACUUGCAAAAGCAAUGGUCUGGAUACGUGCAAGCGUCUCACGAAAAUACAACGUGGGAUACAGGCUGUGAUCUAAAUACGUUAUUAUAUGUUGGAGCAAAGUCCGUUGAAGUGCCUGAAUCUAUGACGGUGCACCCUCGCUUGCAAAGAACGUUUAUUGAAAAUAGAUUUGAAAAAUUGAAGACCUCGGCGAGUAUCGAUUGGGCUACAGCAGAAGCUUUGGCAUUUGGGACUUUAUUAUUUCAGGGAUAUAACGUUCGCAUUAGUGGACAAGAUGUUGGUCGAGGUACCUUCAGUCACAGACAUGUGAUGUUGGUAGAUCAAAAAACAGAUGAAGUAUAUAUACCACUUAAUAAUAUUGCACCUGAUCAAAAAGGAUUUAUCGAGAUUGCUAACAGUACACUAUCAGAAGAAGCUGUCCUUGGUUUUGAAUAUGGUAUGAGUAUAGAAUCACCACGAAAUUUGGUCAUUUGGGAAGCUCAAUUUGGCGACUUUUUCAACGGAGCUCAAAUAAUUAUUGAUGCCUUCAUCACAUCUGGUGAAACUAAGUGGUUAUUACAAAGUGGUUUGGUAAUGUUAUUACCCCACGGAUAUGAUGGUGCUGGGCCUGAACAUACUUCCUGUCGGAUCGAACGCUUUUUACAGCUAUGUGACAGUAAAGAGGAUCAGAUCGAUGGAGACGAUGUAAAUAUUGGUAUUGUUCAUCCAACGACACCAGCACAGUACUAUCAUCUCUUAAGACGGCAGAUGCUUCGAAAUUUUAGAAAGCCUCUAAUCGUCGCCUCUCCAAAAAUCUUACUGCGAUAUCCUGAUGCCGUUUCUACUCUGACAGAAAUGACACCUAGUACCUUCUUUCAACCAGUUCUGGGUGACCAUAGUGUAAGUUCUGACAAAGUAGAGAGGGUCAUACUUUGUUCAGGGAAGCACUACUAUGCUCUUGAUAAACAACGACAAAGUUUAGAUGCUAAGAAUGUAGCUAUUAUCCGAUUAGAGUCUCUGUGUCCUUUCCCGACUCAGCUGAUUGAGAAAGAAUUAUCCCGCUACAAAAACGCAAAAGUAUUCAUUUGGAGCCAAGAAGAACAUCAGAAUAUGGGUCCCUGGAGUUUUGUAGCUCCUAGAUUCGAAAAACAACUCGGCGUAAAGCUGUUAUAUACCGGUCGUGAAGCUCUUGCUUGUCCCGCAGUUGGCAUCGGCGCAAUACACAAAGAGGAAAAUGCAAAGAUUUUAAAUACGCCAUUCGAGAUGCAAUAG